AUGGACGCCCUCAACAACGACAUCCUGCUCCUGGUCGGGGACUACCUUGAAUCCCAUAACGACCGCUACAAUGCCAUCUUUGUCAACCGCCGCUUCAACGGCCUCUUCCCUCGCGCUCUCUACCGCUCAGCGGAGUUGAAGAACCGCUCGCAGGUGCAGUCUUUCUUGAAGGCAAUCCUGCUGCGACCGGACCUUGCUGGGGUCGUCCGGUCUCUCGACUUUAGUGACUGGCAGCUCCAGCAGGGUCAUGACCUCACCCUGACCGAGCCCGAACUUUCCUUAUUCAUCGCGUGGGCCGCCGCAAUCGCCCAUUCAGAGGCAGAGAGCUCUCAAUGGGAGGCGGACCUCCGCUCCGGCGUGGACGAGGCCUGGCUCGCACUUCUACUUUCGUCCGUGCACAACGUUAGACAGCUUAAGCUCGUCUACCCAUCACUACCGACCGAGCCGCGUGGCUAUCCGUAUCUGGACCGCGUGUUCGAGCGAGCUACGGCGCGAGAGAAGCCGUUCGAUGCCUGCGCGGGCUUUCACCGGCUCAGGGAGGUGUCUCUCCGACAGGUCACUGGGCCUGAUGAUGACCAGGGGACGUUCUAUCCCUCGCAGAUUAUGCCGUUUCUGCAGAUGCCGUUGCUCCAGAGGCUGUCUGUAGAUUCGCUGAUUGAGUAUCGGCCUGAAAAAGCCGGAGUUGAAGCGUCCGAGCAGAAAUCAGAUAGAGAAAGCAGUAAUGUGCGAUCGCAUGUCUCGGAAAUCACACUCACUGCCAGCAAUGGCGCUCAGGGUAUGGACGAGCUCAUCGCGUCCUGCCCGUCGCUCAAGUCAUUCAAGUACCAGCACUCGGACGCACGCCUGCUGGCUGACGGAUUCCAGCCCUCCGCGUUCAACCAGUCGCUGGCUCGCAGCCAGAACACUAUCGAGACAAUCUGGCUCGAUAACCUGGGCGAACACCUCCCGUUUACAAUCAACGGACUCAACGAAUCGCACGACGAGUGGUUUGGGCCCUUUGCGGACUUUACGGUCCUCAAGGACCUGCGCAUCCGCCUGCCCAACCUCCUCGACGUGCAGUACCAGAUGGAGCCAUCGCUGCCGCUGACCGAGGUCCUGCCCUCGUCGAUCGAGUCGCUCUACAUUGAGGGCUGCAAGGAGAACUCGCUGUCGAUGCUCAUCCGGCAGGUGAGCGCAGUGCUGGAGGCACGCAAGACGCGGUUCAAGGGGCUGCAGUGCCUGCACAUCGAGGGGGUCUUCCACGACGACGACGAAGACGCAGACACCUCUGGCGACGGCGGCGGCGCUGGGGGCGGACGAGUGAUUAAACCGCGGAUUUAUGAGAUGGUGGAGCCUCUGCACGAGGACUGCGCCGCGGCCGGCGUGCAGCUGUUCCUGCGCGACCGCAUGUGCUUGCACACGAUGGACUGA